UUGCGAUACAUUCCGAUGCUCCAUCCCAACUUGUCUCGGCUCUAAGCAAUGGUAGUGGUACGUAGUACAUAGCCACCCACGAGUUCAAGAAGAGCAGCAUCUCCAUCUCCUGGCCUGGUUCUCGGGCCAUGGAAGCGGCCGAGCUCCUGGAGAAGAUACGGGUGCUGGAGGAGGGGCAGGCCGAGCUCAACCGGGACAUAGGUAGGCUCAUACCGGAGCGCCGCGGCGCGCAGUCCACGGCCAGGCGCCGCUCUUGCCGUGCGCUGCCGCCGCAGCGCUCUUCGUCGUCGUCGUCGCGGCGCGUCGCCAAUCGCGGCAGGCUGUCCGACAGGUACUGCCACUGGAUACUGCAGUCGCUGGGCCAGGCCGUGCACAUCAUUGCCCCCGACGGGAAGCUCCUCUACUGGAACCGCUAUGCUGAGGACAUGUACGGUUAUUCUGCAGCAGAAGCAGUUGGUCAGAAUGCUGUUGAAUUAAUUGUUCAUCCUGCUGACUACGAUUCAGCAAAAAUCGUCAUCCAGAAUAUAUUUAUGGGGAAGUGUUGGAGAGGGAAGUUCCCUGUUAAGAACAAGUCAGGAGAGAGGUUCUUUAUUUCAGUCCAUAACACCCCUUUAUACGAUGACGAUGGUAGCUUGGUGGGCCUCAUCUGUCUCUCACUUGAUGUACGGAUAUUAGAGGAGAUGUAUAGUCCUUCAGGCUCAGCGGAAUCCUAUCCAAGUACCACAAAGCCCCAGUUUCAUGCUAACAACCAUCCUAAAAGUAGUUCACGAAACACAGAUUCUCUUCACUCUCAGCAACCUCUUCAAUCUGCUAUCACCUCCAAGAUAGCAACUUUGGCUACGAAGGUUACAAGUAGAGUUCGUUCUCGGAUAAGGACAGGUCAGAAUGCCGAAGAACAGUAUGGUAGUGGCUGUGAGGGCCAGUAUUCUGAACUUGAUGUCCGGGUGGAGCUGUCAUCAAGUGAAGCAAGCUCCCCAAGUGGGGAUGUGAUGCCAGGUGCCUUUUUUGUCGAAAUGAAAUCUGCUAGCAAGUCCACCAAAACAAGUAAUGUGGAUUCAGGAGAAGGAAAAGUAGGGUUUCACAAGAUGUUCAGUUCAAAGGCUGAGGAAUUAUUAGCCAAGAACGGCAUAUCAUGGCCGUGGAAAGGGCAUGGAAAUGAUGGGGGUUCUGGAAAGAGUAGCAUGAAGUUGACACAGUUACGUGAUAAGCUGGAGAAUGACCAAAGUCAUCAAAGAGUUCCAGUUCUAGAGCCGAUCAUAAUUCCAGACUGCCAAAACAGCGAUUACACUUGGGCAAGCAAAUAUGAGGUCACAGGUUCCUGGUGGGAUUUCGACAUGAACAGCACGAGUAGCAUAAGCAGCACUGGGAGUAGUAAUAGCAGUGGUAUGGAUAGAGCAGAUUAUGAAGCAGACUGCUUAGAUUAUGAGAUUCUCUGGGAAGACCUAGUAAUUGGAGAACAAGUAGGUCAAGGUUGUUGCGGAACAGUGUAUCACGCCUUGUGGUAUGGCUCGGAUGUGGCAGCUAAAGUAUUCUCCAAACAGGAAUAUUCAGAAGAAAUGAUAAAUUCCUUCAGACAAGAGGUAUCAUUGAUGAAGAGAUUACGACAUCCCAACAUAAUACUUUUCAUGGGUGCAGUUAUGUCACAGCAACGACUUUGUAUUGUUACUGAAUUUCUUCCACGAGGGAGUUUGUUUCGGUUUCUUCAAAAGAACACUGGCAAGCUGGAUCCAAGACGCAGGGUUAACAUGGCUAUAGACAUAGCAAGGGGUAUGAAUUAUCUUCACAACUCCAUCCCCACUGUUGUACACCGUGAUUUGAAAUCGCCAAACCUGUUGGUUGAUAAGAACUGGACUGUAAAGGUUGCAGACUUUGGUCUUUCACGUCUGAAACUCGAAACUUUUUUGACAACCAAAACUGGAAAAGGAACACCACAGUGGAUGGCUCCAGAGGUGCUACGGAGUGAACCUUCAAAUGAAAAGUCUGAUGUGUUCAGCUAUGGAGUGGUUCUGUGGGAGCUUGUUACUCAGAAGGUUCCCUGGGAUACUCACAAUACAAUGCAGGUUAUUGGAGCCGUGGGUUUCAUGGAUCACAGAUUGGAAAUUCCGAGCGACACCGAUCCUGAGUGGGCAUCAAUGAUCGAGAGUUGUUGGGACAGUGACCCGCAACGCCGCCCCUCGUUCCAAGAACUCCUUGAGAGGCUCCAAGGGCUGCAAAAGCAGAACGCCGUGCUGGCUCAGACGCAACGCAAAGCAGCUGGGAAAGGUGCUGGAAGGAUGAGCAUCAAAGAGAGCUAGCUUCUCGCUCGCGCUCGCGCUCCUCUAGUCAGUCUGGAAUUUCCCCAAUCUAUAUGGUUUUCGACGGAAGUUCUGGCGACCCCUUGCCUCUUUGCCAUGGUGGUUUAACAUGUUCAGCUGUAGUGUGUUCUUGCGCCAUCUAGAGUGGAUACUAGGGCGGUUUCGCUUGGUGUACCAGUCUCUCCUGAUGUGAUUUUCCCCAUCCCCCUAUGUGAUCUUGUGGGUGGUAGGCGACCGCUUGGUGCACCUCUGUACCAUGAAGACCAGCUUUUUAUUUAUUGAUAUCUGAUCUGAUGGCUAAAGGGAAACGUGGCUUAACGUGGGUUACAUAAUAACAAUAUUUAAAAGUACGGUAAAGAGGAAUUAGGCUUUAUAGUG